AGUCGGCCAUAUUGGAAUAAAUAGCGAAGAGCAGUUUACGCGUCUCGUUUUUCCCGUUAGUUUUGUUUCUGGAAUAUUUAAUUGAAAGAUUGAUCUUGUUUUUUUCUGGAAUAAUCGUCAGCUUUGUUUACUUCACUGGUUAAUUUGUCGAAAGAAGGUGUUUGACUUGUCCGUUUGUUUCACUGUUAAAACCAGACAAAGGAAAAAGGUCGCAUUUCCAGCCAUGGAUGCAGAAGAAUUCUGUUUGCGGUGGAAUAACCAUCACCAUGUUUUAGUUAGUGUUCUUGACAAAUUGUUGGAGAAGGAAUCUAUGUGUGAUGUGACUCUUGCCGCUGACCAUCAAUUUGUUAGAGUUCACCGAUUAGUAUUGUGUGCUUGUAGCAACUACUUUGAGGAAAUGCUGAGCAAGCAAGUCGACAAACAGGCAUUCAUAUUCUUAAAAGACGUCAGUUUUCCAGAACUCAGAGCACUUGUAGAUUACAUGUAUAAAGGAGAAGUAAAUGUUUCUCAGGAACAACUUGCUAGUUUUUUGCAAACAGCUGAAGCCCUUGAUAUCAAAGGAUUGGCAUAUAAAGAAGGUGACCAGUCUAAAUUCAAAUCUGGUCAAAAUGCAAGGACUAAUGCUGCCAAAAGAACACUAAGUGAAUCAACAUCAACUCCGUCAGUUGUAUCGACUCCCAGCAAUUCUCAACGACCCGAAAAUGACAACAUUUCACACACUCCUUCUCAGAACCAAUCAUCCUCUAGACCAAAACCGCCUCCUCCCAAGAAAGCUCAUGUUGUACCAUCAGAAUCUCCUACACAUCCAGCGAACACAGACUCAGAUGACCUCUUUGUUGUCGAUACGAAAAUGGAAUCGGAAUUAGACUCUGACCACAUGGAAGACCAACUAGAUAAUAACGGACCAGAAUGGGCAUCACGGGACUGUGACGACGACUGUAGCACAUCUGACAACGGCAUGAUAUCCAUUGUACCCAACUCGACCCGCGAUAUUACCUUUGGCCCCUCUACAUCAGACACGCGAAUGGGAGAUAAUGUUGCCGGUCCCUCAGGAACACAACCCCAGGCUAACAAUUCAUCUAGCGUCGCUGCAUCUCGAGGUGAUGACGGGAAGGACAAUCGAGUCAUUUGCCGGGUCUGCCAUCGGACUUAUAAGUCGUGGAAAAAUUUGUUGCAACAUUUGCGCCGGGACAACACGGGCUGCGCACAACCCAACCUCAUCUCGCUCAUCCAAGAAAAUCGCAGAGUCUCGUAUAGGAACUAUGCGCGAACCCUGGCCAUCGAGGCCGACCCUGAAGCUCACCAACCCCUGAUCAAAUGUCCCAAUUGCCAUUUCAGUUACAAGUUUAAGAAGGAUCUGUACCGCCACUUGCGCAUGGGCUGCGACGAGAUGACGACGGCGACGACCGUCGGCUCCCGCGACGGCCAGUUGUGCGACUUGCCCGUCUUCCGUUGCAAUUUUUGCCCUUACGUCACUUUCGUCAAGUCGUCCGUGCUCAGACACGUUCAAAGCGUCCACAGCAAUUGAUCCCACAAUGCGACUCUUUAAAGAAAUCCGCUUUUUUUGUUUUUGUUUUCUAUUUGAUGUCCACUUUCACAGAGGCCGAUCCUAAUUGAUUUGAUUCCUUGUUUGUCUUUUUGUCGCCCCAUUGCCGCCGACAGGUGCCCAAGUGGACGAGCAAACUCGAGUUGUUUACCCCAAUUGCCACCGGACUUAUAAGUACCGAAAACUAUUGUAUCACCACCUGCGACAAGGAUGCGGAGAAAUAGCUUCCGGUUACAGCCAAGACCAGCCAUUCCCUCUGCCCGUCCACCGUUGUCCCUUGUGCCCUUACAUCACAUUCAUAAGGGGAUUCCUAAACCGACACGCCGUCACCGCUCACGGCCAAACCUCCGUGCAUAUUCGUAACCCCUCAGCUGAAUUUUUCAGUGUCGUACCAAAUGAGAUCGUUGUCCACCAAUCAACAACGGAUGCCACUGCUUCCAGUCAAUCUGCUGGACCGUAUUCCGGCUUAAAAAAUUCAUUUCAGAUUUUUUGAUUGUUUGAAAUUGCCGUGAACUAGUAUGUUUGUUUUUUGUUUGUUUACUGCAAUUCGUCUUGUUGUGGAGCGCCUAGAGUAGCAUAUCCAUAUCUGAGUAAGUGUCAAACAGUUUGCGUAUUGGCACAGUCGAAGGUACUGGAGAAAGUCUUGAUUGGCGGCGCUCGUGUGCCCAUGGCCAGUUUUAGUGAUGGUAAGUCAGAGAACGCUGCCGUAGUUGUUGUCAUAAAAGUGGUGAUUUAUAAUUCCGGCCCCUCUAGUUACAUUUCGUCGUCAGGAGGUCAGGUUUUCCAUUCAGGGUUCACCUGUUCCCCAUCUCUCAUACCGGUCUGUUACAGCAGUAGUCAACGGCGUACAGCGAAUUUUUUAUAUCAAGGUUUUUUUUUCAUUUAAAUGCUUCAGUGCGUUAAUGUUUAUCGUUUGUGAGUAAGAGUCGAUUAGGGAAGUAUUGGGUUAGUACAUGCAUAGUUUUGUAUAUUAUAAGAACAGACAUGGGAAACAUUGGGAGGGAAUAGAAGGAAGGGGUAUGUGGAAGGAGUAGGGAAUGAACCUGGGGCCUUUCUUAUCAUCACUAGGGGCCGCAACCAUGACACAGUGGUCCAACAACAAUUUGCAAAAUCUCGGAAAUUUUAUCAGAUCCUUUAAAGGGCUGGCUAAGAAUGCUGUGGAAUGUUUCAAUUUAGGCUCCACAGUAGGUAGCUAUUAUAAGCAUGAUUCCAUUUGUAAUUGCGUAUCUAAGAGGACGUUGCAUAGAGAGUGUUUAAGGAUUGAUCUACAGUAGUGUUAGUAGUUUUAAGGGGUACUCGUGACUAUUUCUUUCAGUUUUCAUUCUGCAGUGUUGUGUUGGCAAUGGAGGAGUAUGUUUGUCGAAUUUGUGUUCUGGUCAUCCGUGUGGACAAUCGGUUUGACUGAAUGUGUGCUUGUCAAGGUUGUUUUAACUCUUACUUUUAUACGGCAGUAUAAAACUAAAUCAAUAAAUGUGUAAUUGAAAA